AUGAAUUUGGAGGAAGAUCUUCCGAUUGAUAUCCUGGCGGAUGGUGCUUUCUGUGCGGUUGAAAGAAGUGCCCGAAGUUUGAUUGGUCGAUUGCUGAAUCCUGAUGUUCAAAACAUGGCAAGAAUGCUGCGCUCUAUGCCGAGAAUUUGGAGAAUUUAUGAGCGUGUUAAAGGUGUGGCUCUCACUGAUGAUACAUUCCAGUUCAUAUUUGAUUGGGAACAGGAUAUGAAUACGGUCCUUAAGGCGGGUUUUUGGACUUUUGAUGAGUGGGGUUUGGUGAUGGAGAGAUGGGUUGAGAACCCUCCUGCUGACUUUCUAAAGAAAGCCCCGGUUUGGAUCAAACUACACAAGAUUCCUGUGAACUACUUCACUUUGGCGACUAUUGAUGCUGUUGUGAACCGUAUUGGUCACGUCAAGGAAAUUGCUUAUGAUCCUGCAAAACCUCUUUUGCAAGCUGGUGUCAGAGUUUGUGUAGCUAUUGAUCUGGAUGAACCAGUGAGGGAUGCUAAAUCUCUGAAUCUACCUGACGGUAAGGUGGCAAUUGUGGAGAUUGAAUAUGAGAGAAAAUUUAAAAAGUGUUUCAAUUGUUCUCGCCUAACCCAUGAGAAGCAGAGAUGUCCACUUCUUCAGCGUAACAAAACUCGAAGUGUGGAAGCUUCGGGUAAACAGAACAUGCGGCAACAGCACAAUGCUACUGCUCGUCAGCAUCACCCAAACCUCUCUGAACAGAUUAUGCCGAUGCUGGCUCCGACAGUUCCUCCUGGCUUCAGCCCUCACUCAAACCUCGUGGCUCCUGAAGUGUUUGAGCAAAUGCGUAUAUACAUGUCCUCGGGGGAUCCAUCAGAACGCUCCCUUCGGGAACUAAAGAUGAAGAAGACGCUAGACGAAUUAUCCAAAGAUCCAGUGGUGCAACGAUCUUAUUUGCGGCUAGAGGCCCCUCCCGUCUUCACAGCAUCUCCGGUGAUCAAAGAGAAUGAGCAGAUGGCUUUAGCGGAAACCUCUUCUGGUCGUAACCAGAGAGACGAUGAUUCUCUCCUACCUUCUGAUCAUAGUAGUGCCGGUAAUGGGAAUCAGGAUCCUUCUCCCUCGGGUCCAAAGGAUGAUGGUGCGAAGAAUGAGGUUCAUCCAAUUGCAAAGGAAGUAGAUCUACCUUUGGCAGAUGCUACGAUGGGUCAUAUGGGUGUUCCGGAUCCCUUACCACAGACGAUGGAACAGUUCCAAGAGGGGUCAGGUUUCUUUGCUCCACCGCUACAAAUGAGUGAGUUUAGGAUCGGGUGUGUUCAACCAAGCUCCUCCGGUACUAGUAACAGAAGCAAAAAGUCUAACUCUGGACGCUGGUCCAGACAGCAGAGAGCGAAACAGGGUGUUUCUCUAACCAAGGAUCAGGACCAAGACACCGAGCAUCCUUCUAAGAGGAAAGCAGUCGACAGCUCUGAAGUUACGUCUAAACUAUCCAAACAAUCUCCGGGUUUGAUGGUUCACCAGACACCAUCCAAUCCGUCCAUAUGA